GAAUGCUCUUCACCUCUUCUACAAAAUCCAUUCUUCCCUUCAUCUAAAACCAGACCAUUUUACCCUUUCAACAACCUUAACCGCAUGUUCUAACAUCGUGCAUCACACUAAAUUCAGCAAACAGCUACACGCAUUCGCCAUUAAAACAGGACUUAAAGAAUAUUCUCACGUAUCGAAUUCUCUCCUUUCAUUCUAUGCCAAGUCGAAAGAUUUGGGGUCGGUGAAAAGUUCAUGUGCAAAACACGUAUCGAGAGACUAGUAUUUACUAAACUGAAAAUUAUGGGUCAUAUUUGCUCCCCGCUAUUAUCGAAAAUAAGCUAUAUCUGCCCUCUGUUAUACUUUUAUAACAAAUAUAUCUCAAUCGUCAUACUUUAAAGCUAUAUUUACCUCUCAACUUUUAAAACUUUAGUUUCAGCUCUAAAAAGUCACGUCUCAUGCUCUUACUAAACGAAAAAAACAACCAUAACUGCCAUUAGUAGUCAUUGUAGAAUGAACUGGACGCGUUACAACAAACUAACUACCAUAACUGAAAGCUCGAACACAAAACAACUCAUCAAACUCAAUUGCCUUCUUUCAAACUUUACUCAUUCCCACCAAUUCUUGAAUGCUCUUCACCUCUUCUACAAAAUCCACUCUUCCAAUCAGCUAAAACCAGACCAUUAUACCCUUUCAACAACCUUAACUGCCUGUUCUAACAUCGUACAUCACACAACUAAAUUCGGCAACCAGCUACACGCAUUUGCCAUUAAAACAAGACUUAAAGAAUACUCUCACGUAUCGAAUUCACUCCUUUCGUUGUAUUCCAAGUCGAAAGAUUUGUGUUCAGUGAAAAGGGUAUUUAAGGAAAUUGAAACUCCAGAUGUUUAUUCAUGGACAACGUUGUUGUCUGCUUGUACUAAGUUGGGUGAAGUUGGGUAUGCUUGUAAGGUGUUCGAUGAAAUGCCGCAGAGAAAUUUGGCUGUCUGGAACGCGAUGAUUACAGGGUGUGCUGAUAGCGGGUGUCACGGGGUUGCUUUGGAUUUGUUUAAAAGAAUGCAUUUUUCGGGUGUUAGAUGUGAUAAUUAUGCUUUUGCUAGUGUUUUAAGUUUGUGUGAUUUGGAGUUAUUGGAUUUUGGAAGACAAGUGCAUUCGAUUGUCAUUAAAACGGGGUGUUUGGCUAGAGCUUCGGUGAUUAAUGCGUUGGUUACGAUGUAUUUUAACUGUAAGAAUGAUUUCGAUGCUUUUGGAGUAUUUCAAGAAGCUGGGGAUGAAGUGCCUGAUCAUGUAACGUAUAAUGCAAUGAUCGCUGGUUUAGUGAGUAUGGAAAGAGUUGAGGAGGCCUUAAUGAUGUUCAAGGAUAUGCAAAUGUUUUCUUUGAGACCCACUGAGCUCACGUUCGUGAGCAUAAUGAGUUCAUAUUCAUGUAUUAGAAUAUCUUCUCAACUGCAUACUCAAGUUGUGAGAACAGGCUUAGAAAAAUAUACAUCUAUAGCUAAUGCAACUAUAACCAUGUAUGCAAGUUGUGGGGACGUGAAUGCAGCCUUUUUAGUUUUUGAAAGAUUAAAGGAGAAAGAUAAUGUUUCGUGGAAUGCCAUGAUUACGAGCUAUGCCCAAAAUAGUUUGGGGAGAGAAGCAAUUUUCACAUACGUCAAGAUGCAGAAGGAAGGGAUAAAGGCAGAUGAGUUUACAAUAGGAAGCAUACUAGCGAGCUCAGAAUCUCUGGUAGUUGUUGAAAUGAUUUUAGGUGUUGUUUUAAAGAAGGCACUUAUCUUGAAGACUGAAGUAUCUAACGCACUGCUCUCUGCCUUCUGUAAGCAUGGUGAAAUGAAACAGGCUUAUCAAGUUUUUCAUGACAUGUUUCCUAGAAACAUGAUCUCUUGGAACACAUUGAUUUCUGGUUGUCAUCUAAACGGACUACCCAUGGAUUGCUUGCACCUGUUUUCUGAGAUUGUUAGAGAAGGUUUGAUGCCUAACCCUUUUACUCUCAGCAUCAUUAUGAGUGUUUGUGCCAGCAUUUCAGCUCUACAACAAGGGAAGGAGAUUCACACUUACACUCUCAAAUCUGGAUUGUUUUUAGAAAUAUCCUUAGGAAAUGCUCUCAUCACUUUAUAUGCAAAAUGUGGAAUGUUGAAUUGGUCUCUAAAGGUGUUCCAGAUGAUGAUAGAAAAAGAUGUAGUCUCUUGGAAUUCGAUUAUUACUGCCUAUGCUCAGCAUGGGAAAGGCAAGGAAGCUAUAACUUGCUUUGAGAUGAUGCAAGAAUUAGGUGGGGUCAAACCAGAUAACACCACCUUUAAUGCAGUUCUGUCAGCUUGCAGCCAUUCAGGCUUAAUUGAUAAAGGCAUUGAGGUUUUUACCUCUAUGGUUCGUACCUAUGGUAUAGAGCCUACAGCAGACCACUUAUCUUGCAUUGUCGAUCUUCUAGGUCGGGCUGGGUAUCUUGAUGAGGCAGAAAAACUGAUUAAAGAUAGGCAUGUUGAUGUAGAUUCCACUGUUUGGUGGACACUAUUCAGUUCAUGUGCUGCUUAUGGCAAUGUUAGACUAGGCAGAAUUGCUGCGGGGUUUCUGCUUGAGACCGAAAAGAAUAACCCCUCGGUUUAUGUGCUUUUAUCCAAUAUUUAUGCCAGUGCAGAGAACUGGGAGGACUCCGCUAAUGUGAGGAAAUUGAUGAAUAAAUGUGGAGUGUUAAAGCAACCAGGAAGCAGUUGGAUAGGAUCCUAAAGCUCGUUUUCAUUAAUAUGGACUGAAGACGUUUUCUUGUGCAAAUUUUAAGGAAAUAUCUGCACUUUGGUUAGCAUUCUAUGGGUCUAGGCCUUGAAGUGGGCAAUUGCAUAAUGUGAUUGUCAUACCAAAAAGACAAUUCGUCUGUUCAGAUGAGUCAAAUUCAUCUCCUUGGAUGAAAAUCGAGGCAAACUAGCUAAGCAUGAAAAGACUACAGAAGGCAUCAAACUCGAUUAUUAAUUCUUUCAUCUGCUUUACUUACCUCGAGGUAUUUCCUAUUUCUUUCUUCUACUUCUAAGAAUGGUGUUGUACCGAAUGGAUUGCUCAUGUAGUUUCCUGCUAAAAAUAUGUGUUGUCAGUAGAUGUGUUGGUUUUAGUCAAAGCUAAUAAUAGUAUUAUUUUUCAGAAUUGUAACUUGGCUCUUAAAUGGUCACAAUGAUCCGCUUCCUUACAAGAUUAGAGAGAAGAAACAUACCAGAUAAAUGUAUCAUAUACCUAAAUCAGCUUCCACUGUUAAUUCAUUAGUCUACAUGAGUAUAUUGUAAAACACACAUCCUACAUUUCCAACCUAACUAUAACCUAUCAUCCUAUUGUAUCCUAUUGUACAUUGUAAAACACACAUCAUGCACCUAAUGUGCUUCAACAAUCACACACUUUGUAUAGCCUCUUAUAAGAACUAAUGUUGAUGCUUGUAUAUUAAUCACAAAACCUUCAGAAAAAGAGUGUAAAACAGAAAGAAAUGGCAGGAAGUUGUGUAGCCGUUAAUGUUCUCCGUCACUCAUCUUAUAAAGUGACUGUUCUUGGAGUCGGAAGUGGUGUAGGCCACCAACUACUGGUACUUCUAAUGAAAAUGUCACCAUUAGUUUCACUAGUGAAUCUUUAUGAUCGACAAAAUAUCAAAGGAGUUGCAGUUGAUCAAGUCAUUGCAACACUUCCUCUCAGGUUUCACGCUUCACCGGAGAGUCUGGAUUGGACGACAGUCUUAAAGGUGCAAAUAUAGUCAUAGUGGCUGCUAGUUUCAGCUAUAGCCAAGCAUGUCCCCUGAUGACUUAUUCAGCACCAAUGCUGAAAUAGUGGAGAAAAUGGGCGAAGCAAUGGCCGAUAACUGCCUAAUGUAUCUGUACGUAUAAUUAGCAACCCUAUGAACUCUACAGUUCCAAUUGUUGCAGAAGUUUUGAAGAAAAAAGGAAUUCUAUGAUCCCAGAAAACUCUUCGGCGUUACAACCUUAGACGUUGUGUGUGCGUGAACAUUUGUCUCCCAGAAGAAAAUUGUAAAUCCCAUUCAUGUAGAUGUCCCUGUUGUUGGAGGUCAUGCUGGGAUUACCAUCCUGCCUUUACUUUCUAAAACCAAACCAGCAACUAUUUUCAGGGACGGAGAAGUGACGGACAUUAAUUUGAGAAUCCAAAAUGCUGGAUUAGAAGUAGUGGAGGCAAAAGCUGGUACAGGGAGUGCUACCCUUUCCAUGGCAUAUUCAGCAGCAAAGUUUGUGGAAUCUUCUCUCUGAGCACUCAAUGGUGACAACGAUGUCUAUGAGUAUGCUUAUGUCCAGUCGGAUUUGACUAAGAUUCCUUUCUUUGCCUCAAGGCUUAAACUUGGCAAUGAUGGAGUAGAAGCUUUGGUUCCAUCCGAUCUCUAUGGAUUGACGGACUAUGAACAAGAAUCUUUGGAUGUUUUAAAAGCCAGCAUUGAAGUCAAGCAUUCAGAAGGGAAUAAGUUAUGUUAAGACGGAACCAUAACCACAUAUUACCCCUGAUUAGAUUGUCAACUGUUACUGCCAUGAAAUUUACUCCUGAUUAGAUAUAUCAUAUAUAAAGGAGCUGUUUUUUUUUUGGUUGAUGUUGGUAUAGGAUAUAAAAGUAGUGAUUUAAGUUUAACCAUUUGCCAACUAUUUUUGAUUUUUUGAUUUAAGUAUUUCAAUAAAAAUGUAGUGCAUAAAAAAAAAAUUAUGUUAUCCUCAUUCUCCUUGCGUGAUAUAAUCCUCACAAAGAAUCUACCAUCUCUUUCCAGCCAAAUAUUCGAGAAAAUGCAGAUAGCUAUCUGUUAUUCAUACUUGUAUGCUGGCCUUAGAAAUAUCUGCCCCUUUCAGCUGCUCAAGGUUUGCUGAAUGUUCCCAGGAAUAACCCAUCCCACAUUAAAGACAUUGAGGAACAUUGACCAUAGCUUCCAAGUGAAGUUACAGCGUAAAAGAAGAUUAUUGACAGAUUCCAAAGCUUCUUCACAAAUGUAGUACUUGCUGCAAAUUGUCUUGGGUUAAGCAUGCAUUAUGAGCUGCAAUCCAAGCAAAUUCAGCUAUCCUAUGGGGUGCUAAUCAUUCUCCAAGGCUAAUCUUCAACACAUUUUUUUAUUUGAAGUUACAUAUAUAGGAUGUCCUGCAAAAAAUUUAAUUAGUCAAGUACUCAAAAACAAAUACUAGUAUCAUUGAUGUUAUCAGACGUCAUGCUACACUCCAUGAGAGUGAUAUGUACCUUUGAGGUUAAUCUCAAAUAUGUUUUACACCCAAAUGAGCUGUUGUUUCCCUGUUUCCCAAAAACAAGCAUACUUUUGAUAUGCUCUACUUGGUUAGUACCUUUCUUUAUCAUCUUCUCCCAUUUUUUAAUUUGUUACUUUGGAGGAUUGUUCUGUUGCUUGAACGAAGAAGGUGAAAGAGACAUUGUGUUGGGAGAUUUGGAGUACUCUGAGAGACGUUGCGAUUUUGGGUAUUGUAGGAGUAUAAAGGUAGAGGAGGUUAAGGGUGCUAUUCGUAGGAUGCGUAGAGGAAGAGUGACCGGGCCUGACGAGAUCCCUGGGGAGUUUUGGAAGAGUGCGGGCAGAGCAGGUUUGGAGUGGCUGACUGGGUUGUUUAAUGUCAUUUUUAAGACGACGAAGAUGCUCGAGGAAUGGAGGUGGAGUACGAUGGUUCCUUUGUACAAGAACAAGGGUGACAUUCAAAGUUGCAACAACUAUUGAGGUAUCAAGCUGCUAAGUCACACUAUGAAAGUGUGGGAAAGGAUGGUGGAGAUGAGGGUGAGGAGAGGCUUGUCUAUUUCAGAGAACCAGUUCGGAUUCAUGCCGGGGUGCUCGACUACAGAAGCCAUUCAUCUUGUGAGGAGACUGGUGGAGCAGUAUAGGGAGAUGAAGAGAGACUUACACAUGGUUUUCAUCGACCUAGAAAAGGCUUACGACAAAGUGCCAAGAGAGAUUUUAUGGAGAUGCUUGGAGGUUAGAGGUGUACCUGUGGUGUACAUUAGGGCGAUGAAGGACAUGUAUGAGGGAGCCAAGAUCAGGGUAAGGACAGUGGGAAAAGACUCGGAACACUUCCCAGUGGAGAUGGGGUUGCAUCAGGGAUUAGCUCUUAGUCCAUUUUUAUUUGCCUUGGUGAUGAAUGGUUUGACACGGCAAAUUCAAGGUGAGGUGCCAUGGUGCAUGUUAUUCGCAGAUGACAUAGUCCUGAUUGACGAGACUCACAACAGAGUGAAUGCUAAGCUGGAGGUUUGGAGACAAACUCUGGAGUCUAAAGGAUUCAAGUUGAGUAGGACCAAGACAGAGUACAUGGAGUGCAAGUUCAGUGACGUGACACAUGAGGCUAGCGUGGAAGUGAGGCUGGGUACCCAGGCCAUCCAAAAGAAAGGAAGUUUCAAGUAUCUUGGGUCUAUUGUACAAGGAGAUGGAGUUAUUGACGAUGAUGUCACACAUCGUAUUGGUGCAGGGUGGAUGAAAUGGAGGCUCGCUUCAGGAGAGCUGUGCGAUAAGAAGGUGCCACCUAAGCUUAAAGGCAAGUUCUACAAAGUGGUAGUGAGACCGACUUUGUUGUACGGGGUGAAGUGCUGGACAGUCAAGAACUCACACGUCCAAAAGAUGAAAGUUGCGGAAAUGAGAAUGUUGCGAUGGAUGUGUGGGCACACCAGGCGAGAUAAGAUUAGGAAUGAUGAUAUCGGAGACAAGUUGGGAGUGGCAUCGGUGGAGGACAAGAUGCGGGAAGCGCAGCUGAGAUGGUUUGGGCAUGUGAAGAGGAGAGACACAUAUGCCCUAGUGCGGAGGUGUGAGAGGUUGGCUAUGGACGAUUUCAGAAGAGGUAGAGGUAGGCCGAAGAAGUAUUGGGGAGAUGUGCUUAGACAGGACAUGGCGCAGUUCCAGCUUAUCGAGGACAUGACCUUAGAUAGGAGGCUAUGGAGAACUCAGAUUAUGGUAGAAGGCUAGUAGGUAGUCCCACGUAUCCCGUCGUACUAGUAGUCGCAGUUUUGAUCUUCAUUUUCUUGUCCUUUGAUUCUUGCAACUACAUGUUGUUUCUUGUACCACAAUUAUCAUAUUUAUCUGUGGUAGCUACUAAUUCUUUUUCUCAGACUGCUUUAUCAUGACUUUUGUCGCUUUCGUUAGUUUCGUAUUGCUUUGAACUGUUUGUGCUUAUCUAACUUUUUCUCGUCAUGUUUUCUCUUGAGCCGAGGGUCUUUCGGAAACAACCUCUCUAUCUUCCGAGAUGGGGUAAGGUCUGCGUACACUUUACCCUCCCCAGACCCCACACUGUGGGAUUUCACUGGGUAUGUAGUAUGUUGUUGUUGUUGAGGAUUGUUCUGUUGAGUAGCCUUCAUAUGUAGAAGAUUAUGGAUCCUACCUUUUCCAUUUCUCUCAUGAGAUUUUCCUCCUCCUGAUCAUUAUGCCAAUUGUCAACUAUUUUUUUUUUCUGGACAUUAAUAAUAUUACACUUUAUUCUAUAUUCACUUGAGCUGUAGGGCGUGCAAGCACUCAGAUCAUCAGAUUGAGUUUGUGCA